UGUAAACAACCGUUGAGACAUUUAAACAGUCAGCUGUCAGAGCAGCACGGAGCGACCACACAGCCGGCUGUUUCACCCUGUUGGACUCUGAGCUAUUAUGCAGCAUGACUCCACGAAGACCUCGCCUGUGUUCCUCCUCUCCAAAAGAGGACCCUCCCUGAUAUCCACAUGCGACACCACCACCUCUCAAAACUUUGCCGAGACGUUGCCAACAGAAAUGAGCGUGAAGAUUUUUGGCGAGCUGGACGCCGAGAGUCUGUGCAGCGCCUCACGGACCUGCAAGCUGUGGCACCACAUCAUCGAGGAAAGCGACCAGGUGUGGAGGAGGCAGUGUCUGCUGGUCAGAGCCGUCUGUCAGAGGGAGGUCGACAGCGACAGGAGGGACGGCCUGUCCUGGAAGGUCACUCUGGUGAAGAACUACACUCGCAGCUGUCUGAAGAGAGACUGGCUGAGAGGUCGCUACAGCCACGUGAGAUCAGCGGAGGAGCUGAGCGGCAGGAGGAUGACGCCGCUGGACGCGGAGACCUGGGGAGAGAUCCUGCAGGCUGAGCUCGACAGAUGAUCAAUACCACAUGUAGGAUUUUUAUUCAAAGCACCUCUGGCACUACUGCGUGCCUGAUUUUUAACUCUAAUAUAUAUUUUAUACUUUUGUGUUUCAUGUGAAUAUAUAUAUAUAAAAAAACAAUUGUACAUAAUUUUUUAAAUUGCUUUUUUUUUUAAAGAAAAAUCAUGCAGAAAUGAAACAUUGACAUUAGUUGUUACAAUUAAACUGUUUCAUUGCUUUUACUGUAAAAAUGUAAUAAAUGACGUUGUUGUGAA